GGAAUAUUGACAUGUGGGCGUAUAUUCAUCUGCUUACCCGGUGUUGGCAUGCUCAUCCUUCUACGGCUUGGGUGCACCAAAGGAGGUAUUUGACUGGUUGGUGA